UUUUCUUCAACCCACUCCGUUUCCUCUCCUCCUCCUUCUCCUUCUCCUUCUCUCUCUCUGUCGCGCAGACGCAACGCAGACCCAAAUAAUAAACCGGGGAGGAUCUCAAGGGUCUGAGUCGAGACGCGAUGGCUUCGAAGCGGAUCUUGAAGGAGCUCAAGGAUCUCCAGAAGGAUCCUCCUACGUCCUGCAGCGCUGGUCCUGUCGCAGAAGACAUGUUCCAUUGGCAAGCAACAAUUAUGGGUCCACCAGACAGUCCAUAUGCUGGUGGUGUGUUUCUAGUCACAAUUCAUUUCCCACCAGACUAUCCAUUUAAACCACCGAAGGUUGCAUUCAGGACGAAAGUCUUCCACCCUAACAUCAAUAGCAACGGUAGCAUUUGCCUUGACAUAUUGAAGGAGCAGUGGAGCCCUGCCCUGACUAUUUCCAAGGUGUUGCUUUCAAUCUGUUCAUUGUUGACCGAUCCAAACCCCGAUGACCCUUUGGUGCCGGAAAUUGCGCACAUGUACAAAACUGAUCGGAACAAGUAUGAAACCACCGCCAGAAGCUGGACCCAGAAGUAUGCCAUGGGCUAGAAAAGCUGCAUGUUUGUGUGACGUGUAGGAGGGCUUCUUUCCCUGGGUCGUUUCUCUUCCCAAUUGUGUUUAUGAACGAAAGUGUGUGAUCCGUGUCCUCUAUCACUGCACUUAAACAGGGAGAGUUUGAAGUUUGUCCUCCUUGAAAUAGUCUUAAAUUGCUUGUUAUGAGAAUUUAUCUUGAAAA